UAUUAAUUGACAUCUUCGAUGAACAGUCCGAGUGAAUCUUCAUCACAUGCUAAAAUACCAAGAAGAUUGCCUCCGGAAGGAGCUCAAGUCCUCCGAGAGGUAUUUAACAAAGGUGUCACCCAUCCCAAGAAGCUUCAACGCGAAGCUCUUCUCAAAAAAAUCCAUGCAUUAGGCUUAACCUGGUAUACCGACGAGAAAAUGAAGUCUUGGUUCAUUCAUAACCGGAAGAAACUAAUCACGCCUCAAGAGACAAUGGAUGCUACCGUCGUCAAUUCCACCGCAUCCCCUGUAGACAUCCACAAACUGACUAUCAAGAUUCCCGGCCCAAAACCUGACUCAGAUCCAGUGGCCGAACCAUCGUCUGCUAUGACCAUAGAUACCCCUCAGUCUGGCAGCGGUACUGUUAAGCACAAGCGUCGCAGCGGCAAGGCCAGGUUGACCAACUACCCUUCGAUCAAGCUUUCUGCAGUCCCUCAGCUGGUAGUUCUCGCAGAUACAACAAAAAAACCGUCUAUGAGGUUGAUCGAGACCUGGGCAUCGUUAUUGAAAGCCUCACCGGACGAUGUAGAGCGAUGGGUGAAAGACCAUAAAGCACAAGGGGCGAACCAAGUUGAGAGUACCGCUCCUACAGUACCAUCGGGCCCUUCAGAGCCUGCUCGCACCUCAGUACAACCAGACGAAUCCGAAUCUGAUGAAGAACCUUUGAUAAUAGGCAUUCACUCGCCGCAAAUGCAGUCAGAAAAUACUUUAAUUAGCCAACCGCCCCAAAUACCACCCAGAGAUCAGCUUCUCCUUGCUAUCCAUACUCGCUUAUCUAGUGCUACGAAUGAUUCAUCAUCUCCCGAGACAGUCUCGGAAUUCAAUACACUCUUCAAGCCGUAUGGAGCCAUGAUGGAGCGUUUCGUUCAGGAUAUAGAGACAGGAAAGCUCGAGCGUAUGGGUUGGGGCUUUAAUCGAAAGCUCGUUCAAUCUUGAUAUGGCCAUAAGUUCACAUUAUAAUCUGGUGUAUGUACGAUAAAUGAUAGCAGU